AUAGAGUGACUUAAGUGGAGCUGGGAGUCAGACAGCUCUCUGGUCCUCAGAGUCAGACAACAAGGAGAAGCUUCUCUGCUGGUCAGGCGAUUUCCCUGCUUACAUUUGAGGAGAAGAUGGAAAAUAUAACAUAUGAUUACAACUAUGGCGAUACCAAUGACAACGACGGGGGACCAGUAGAAGCAUGUGAUAGUGACGGUGCAAACGAUCUGGGAGCUCAAAUUUCCUACAUUUACUACUUCAUGUUCCUCUUCAGUCUGGUUGGCAACGGGCUGGUCCUGGUCAUCAUCCAUCGGUUUGAGAGGCUGACCACUGUGACCAACAUUUUGCUGCUGAACCUAGUGACGUCCUCCUUGAUCUUCAUGAGCAGCCUUCCAUUCCAUGGAGUGUACAUGCAGCUCUCUAACUGGAUCUUUGGCAACGUUAUGUGUAAGAUUGUAGGCAGUGUCUACUACCUGGGCUUUUACAGUUCUGUCCUGUUUCUGGCUCUCCUGACCUUUGACCGACACCUUGCAGUCGUUUACUCCUUGGGUGCGCCACGAAUGAGAAGUCAACGCUACGCGUUACUCUGCUGUGCUGUGGUGUGGCUGGUCAGCAGUCUGGCGUGCAUCCCAUCGAUGAUUCUAUACAGAACUGUUUAUUACCCCGUUGAUAACGCAACACUCUGUCAGGAAGUUCCUGGUGGCUUCACAGAUAAUACUGUAACCCAUCUGAGAAAUUCUGCAUUUUAUAUUCAGCUUUUUCUUUUCUUGCUCUUUCCUCUGAUUGUUAUUGUGUACUGCUAUGUGAGGAUUGCUAUCACUAUCAUAUCAUCCAAAUUAGUUACCAAGUUCAAGACAGUCAGGUUGAUAUUUGUCAUUGUCCUGUUAUUUUUUAUUUCCUGGAUCCCAUACAAUGUUGUACUACUGACUAACAAUGGAAGCAUGAAAUGUGAGGAAAGGAAGAGGAGGGGUUAUGCAGAACAAGUCACUCGUAAUCUUGCCUACAUUUACUUCUUCAUCAGUCCCAUCUUCUAUACCUUUGUUGGGAAAAAGUUCCAAAACUACUUCAGACAGAUGGUGGUAAAACGCUUCCCAGGGUUAAAGAAGUAUAUUUCUGUUGAUCAGGUCAGCAGAAGCAAUAUGUCCACAAAAACUACACAAAAUGAAUUGAGCAGUGUCAAACUCUGAGGAAUAUAAUGCUGUCUGUAGCAGAAGUAAAGCCAAAAUAUAAACCAUUACAACAUCCAUAUGUCAAUUAGCUAUGCCCAAAAAAAAGCUGCUGCCUCUUCAUCAUGACCACACCCUCAUGUGGUUUAGCUUAACAACAGGAAGAGAUAGAUUACUGGUGGUUCAUUUACAAACUGGUUGGAAGACUUACUGUCCUCUAGUAGUCAGAAUUUGAUGAAUAAAGCUCUACUGUACAUUUAAAGCUGAGAAACUCUUUUGUUAGAAAUAAUGUGAAAUAAUAUUCCAAGGGGUUUCCUGGUUGUGGUUAAAGGUAAAUAAUUUAAUAAUCAGUCAUUAUCCUGUUUAAAGUAUUCACACCUAUGUCUGUUAGAUAGGUCAGACCACACUUACACUGUUCCCGCAAAUUUUGGACCCAAUGUUCCAGUUAACUGCAUUAAAAGUUGGGCUUUUGCACAGAAUUAAGGUUAAAGGGAUCCAUAGUUACUUAAUCCUUGUAUAUCUCAGCAAAUUGUAAAAUAAUAUGUUUGUGUGUGUGUUUAAAGGAAUUCUGGAUGUUUUACAAAAAGGGACUCGCUAUGUAUUUUUGUCAUACUGCCUAAACUGUCAUUUAAAAAUGAGUAGUGUGAAGGAUUUAGUGGCCUCUAGUGCAUGUAAGAGAAUCUAUGGUGGCCACAGAACUUGCACACAAUGUGAAAGGCCCUCUGUAGAGUCAGUGUUUCCAAAUUUCUCCUUGAGGUACAAUAAAGAUCUGAACUCUAAAGUAGAGCCAGUGUUUGGUUUGUCCAUUCUGGACUACUGUAGAAACAUGGCAUUCUGUGUAGAAGGGGACCCACUCUGUAUGUACACAAUAAGGGCUACUUCUAAGGUAACAAAACCAAAAACCUUAGGAUUAUACACUAAUUAAGACAUAUGUAUAAAUAUUAUAUUCCAUUCUUGCUAAAUCUGUUCCACUAGACAUCACUAAAUUCUACAAAUCUGUCCUUUAAUAUGUAUCUGCAUCUCUGACAGCUUUUCUUGACAACACGUCUCACCAAAAUGUCAGUAUAAUUUGUAACAGGAAGGGAAAAAAGGAAGUGUAAAGUGUAAUGCUUUUUGUUAUGAUAAGAACAGUUUUAACUGUGCAUAAUUAAUUCUUUAUUGAACACCAGUAUUAGCCGGGUCCAAAUAAACUGAGCUAUUCCAAAACAGUGAGUCAUGCAUCAGCAUGCACACUCAUUUUUCAUGCCUGUAUCUAUAUCUGCUGUGAUUUUGUCAUUUGUUUAAUCUUGUUGUUUUUGUUAUGUUCUUUUUAUUAGUUCUGUUUAUAAUGAAUCAUGUCAGUUGAUGUUGUACAGUGAGGUUUUAUUAUCUGGCAAGUUGCUCACAUUUCAUGUAAUGCACAUUUUUACUUGGAAAUAAAACUGUGAGAAAGCACCAAAAAAGUCAAGUCACUGAAACUACAACACAAUCAUAACAGUGCAGAAGAUACAUAUGCAUCAAGGCAUCAGGUUUUAAUGCAGUUAUAUAAGAAUCA